CAGGCAUUUAUCCACCAGGACAAGCAAAUGGCAGGACAUUGUGUUAGCACAAACUUGCACGAAGCCCGCUUCUUCCUCACGUUGCUGGCUUAGCUACCGUGACAAUAGGCAGUGACAGCCGCGAUAACAACAAAACCGCAAGGCCAGGCCGCAUGCGGGGAGCAACAAAGAGGGGACGGCGUAGCAGCACUAGUACUGUGCCUGCUACGCCUGCGGGACCGUCGGUAGCUGAUGGCGGGACAUUCGAUGACAGCGCUGGAGCGGAGCUGCCUCUCCAGCAGGUGGUGCAGGUGCUAGUGCUGCACCUAGCAGAGCACCUUUCACAAGAUGAGUUUCUAACAGCUCGGCUAGUCUGCAAGGAAUGGGCUAUGGGCCUGACUGCCCAGCGCAGACAUGAGGAAAUCUGCCACCUCCGUGGACCGCACAUCAACCCGCAGCAAGGCCUUCCAGCAAGGAUAGAAGCUUUACCAGCGCUUCUUCCUUCCCUGGAUUCCUUACACUUCUUCGUCAGCGAGCGGGUGGCCCCCAUCCAGCUGAUCUCCGUUACUAUGGGCAUAGGUGAUGAUGCGCGCUUAAACAGCCGUAUCAAGCACCUCACCUUUACAACCACCUCGCCAACGGGAUCGCACUAUACAACCUGGCCAUCGGACAUGCCCUUCUGGCCUAUCGCCGUAACCGGUCUGAAGGGUUUGCAGUCCCUCACCCUGCACGGUCGCGCCCCUCAAGCGGACCUGCUAGAGAGCCUGGCGGACAACUGCACCGGCCUCACCUCCCUAGUGGUUGGGCCACUACUAGGGGACCCCGAUGCUCCCCCCGCCGGCAGCGACUCGGCAUCACGACUGGCGCUGCGUCCCUCGGCCCUCCGCGACCUUAGCCGCCUUACCUCACUUCGCCGGCUGGCACUAAGCAUAGCGGCACCCGAGGAGGAUGAGGAUGAGGACGAAAGCGAGGAGGAGGAGGAAGAGGAUGGGAGCGGAGGCGGUGGUGGUGAGGCGAAGGAGACGGGAGCAGCAGCAGCAGCGAAAGAGCGGCAGGGAGAGGAGGAGAAGCCGACAGACGACGAGGAGGAAGACGUGGUGAUUGUGGACGAG